AUGAAUGAGGCGACGUCGCUGGAGGGCAACGGCCGCAAGUAUCGCUCCAAGAAGCAGCGGCCAUGCGACCUCUGUCGGACGCGCAAGAUCCACUGCAAACUACAGGCUGAUGGGGCCGACUGCGAGCUGUGUCGAAGGCUUGAAAAGCGCUGCACUUUUGUCCUCGGGCCUUUGAGACGCAAGCAUCGUGCUCGCGAUGCCAAUGACAAUGAAGCGCCCCGACGACGGCGAGAAAGUCAGAGCCAGUUUGAGAGGCCUGACUUUGGCGAUAUUCCACCUGGAGUCCACGCUGCCGAGGCCGAUCGGACCGAAAGAAUGAACAUGGACCUUGGAGACGGCGAUUUGUGGGCGCUGCCAGCCGACAUGAGACAUCCAUUCGCUAUCCAGGACAUGUCCAGUAUCAUGGGCUACUAUGGUCUCGGCAGCAACGGCGGAGCUUUCGCUGCAAGUAAUGGCACAUCGGGGGCUGGUGGUGACGGGAUUAACAUGAUGCUCACUGAACCCUCGGUAGACCUCAGUCUCGAUCCUAGUUUUCUCCCGGCUGUGCUUUCACCGACCAACUCCAACAUGGCCCAUCCAACUCGCCAAGGCACAUCACCACCAAGCACGUCCAGCGGAUCACCUUCGGACACGAACAGCUUCUCCGACCAGCUUCGUAUUCAGCCUCCUCUCCAGCCCGAUGACGAGUUCACUCGACGAGCAGGCACAGCUCAGCAGGUGACAGCCCACACCCAUGGCUCACAAUCGUCCUUAUGGCCCAUUGAGCUCUCGCUGGAAGCUAAAAAGGGAUAUUCAAACCACUUGAUCGGUCUCUCAUGCGAGUCCGAUCCGUUCCUUUUAAAGCAGUACAAGUACAACGCCUAUGAUAACUACCACAUGUUCCGCCUUGACUUUCGGAGAGUCGCUGAUGAUGUUCAGCCUCGGAGCAACCAUGACAUGCCCGGCAGUCGGGCCCAGCUACUUACUACCAGGGUCCCAACGCAGUUCAUGAUGAGCGAUGAGGCGAUCUGGAAGGAAGACUUGAAGGCCACAGAGAGGUACUUGUCUGGCGGAGGCACGGGAGCUGCAGAUCAAGCGCUACUUAACAAGAUCGUGGAACCAGAGCUGGGAAGAAAUCUAGUGAAACUGUACUCCAGAUUUGUCCACCCUCGAUAUCCCGUCCUCUCAUUCACGGAUCUCGGGCGCAUGCUCGAUCAUGACACCGCCUUACAUGUUCCCGUCGGCAUUCGGAGCGCCGUCUACGCCCUCGCAGCGCCAUUCACCUUCCUAGACGACGAGCUCAGCGUCUCAAACGGCUACCUCGGUGUACCGACAGAUGACCUUUGGGACAUUGCCCAUCGCAGCUUCCAACGCGAUAGCUGCUUCUCACACCUAUCACUGCUGCAGCUGUGUCUUUUAAUGCUGCACAUGCCGCCACGGAACUUCGUUGUCGCCGAGCCCUCUAAAUUCUGGGCACUUUCUUGUUCAGCGGUGGCGAUUGCAGAGAACCUGGGAGUAAAUGUCGAGCCGAAGGAUUGGAGACUGCCGAGAGAGGAGGUCAUUCUACGUCGGCGGCUGUGGUGGCUGACCUACGUUGGACACACGUGGCAUGCCCUUGUCUGCGGGAGGCCUUCCCAUCUACAUGAGUCGAACUGGAGUGUUUCCGACCUUACGGAAGACGAUUUCGAGCCGGGUCCGGACGAUCCGAUCAUUCGCGAGGCGGUCGCAAAGCAUAUACCCAUUUGUCUGGCUCAAUGCGAGCUCGGUGUCAUCGCUGCAGACGUUUUAAAAGAGUUCUACUCAGUGAGGGCAAACUACACGGAGUCACUGGCAUUAGCAGCCCUCCUCAGCAAAGCGCAAAGACUUCGUACACGCAUAGAGAGCUGGAGGCAGACCCUGCCGUUUCUCUCAAAAUCUGUUCUGGAAUUGGACGAGCAGGAAUUUGAGAAUGGCGCCCCCUUGCGCUUGCAGCAUUUGACGCUGGAAAUACUCAUCUUUCGCGCCCUCCUGCGGCCAUUGUCGAAUGAGCAAGUAUCGACUUCGGACAAGUGCCGGGAACCAAUCUCGACCAUCUACGAGAACUGCCACGUCUGCGCCAGUAUACACGUUACCAGCUAUGCUACGUUUCGACGCUGA